AUGAAGAUCACCAUCGAGCUCAGCGGGGGUCUGGAGAUUUUGUUCAACAAGGAGGCAAAGCACGAGGUUGAGCUGGCCGACCGAACAGUGAUCUCCCUCAAGGACCUCCUCGUCUACAUCAAGGACAACCUUAUCAAGGAGCGACCCGACCUCUUCAUCGUAGACGGCACUGUGCGGCCUGGCAUCUUGGUGCUGGUGAACGACUGUGACUGGGAGCUGCUGGGCGGGCUGGACCACGAGGUGCAGGACGGCGACGUUGUGGUGUUCAUCUCUACCCUGCACGGUGGUUGA